AUGACUUCCGUUAGAAAGAGAAAGAUGGCCCGUUCUUCAGUGGGUAAAACCACCAGAAGAUUGAAGGACAAACAACGUAAGAUCAAUAUUCAUUCGAAUCCAAUCAUUGCAGCAAAUUGGGAUUAUUCAUUAACAUUACAACAAAAUUAUAAGAAAUUAGGAUUAAGAGCCAAAUUGGGUAGUAUGGCCGGGGGUCAAGAACAGAAGGUUGAGACUUUAACUGAUUUUAGAAAACGUAAAGAAGAAGAAGAUAAAAACAAGCAUAUAACUCCAAGUGAUAUUGAAAAUACCGAUGAUCCAUCUAAAAUACCUGAAGGUGAAGCUCGUUUGAUAAGAGAUCCCGAAACUAAUGAAGUUAUAAAAGUUGUUCACGGGACCAUGAAGGUUGAAGCUCCAAAGAAAGAGAAGAAAGAAAAUAGUCAAGUAGUUAAUGAAUUAGAAAAAUUGGCUCAACAAAAUGCAUCACAUAAAAGAGAACGUACAUUAUCUGAACGUGAAAGUGAUUGGGCUAAAUCUUUAUAUGAAAAAUAUGGUGAUGAUUAUGAAAAAAUGAAAUGGGAUAAAAAAUUAAAUAUUUAUCAGCAAACUGCUGGUGAAAUAAGAAAAAGAAUUACUAAAUGGAAAAAGGCUAAUAAAAUUGAAUAA